CAUAUUCAAGUUCAGAUGAGGUUACACUCAAUAAGGGCAUGCUCUACCACAAAGUGACUGGUAUUUCUAUAAGAAGGACAGAGUAGACAGGUGAGGAAGAUGGCCCUGACCAUGACCCUGCCCCUGUGCGGGAGAAACCAGGUGGACCAUUUCUUCUGUGAAGCGCCGGUGAUGCUCAAGCUGGCCUGCGCUGACAACUCCAUCAUCGAAGCUGAAGUCUUCGCGGUCAGUGUCUUCUUCCUCGUGGUGCCUCUGUCGCUCAUCUUAGUGUCCUACGGCCACAUCACCAGGGCCGUCCUGAAGAUCAAAUCGGCCCGGGGCAGGCGGAAGGCCUUCGGAACCUGCGGUUCCCACCUGAUGGUGGUGGUCAUCUUCUUUGGCACACUCAUCUCCAUGUACCUCCAGCCUCCCUCCAGCUACUCGCAGGAUGUCAACAAAAGCAUUGCGCUCUUCUACACUCUGGUGACUCCCCUACUGAGUCCCCUCAUUUACACUCUGAGGAACAAGGAGGUCAAGGGGGCACUGAGGAGACUGGUGAGAGGAACCACAGGUUCCAGAGGGAGCUAA